UCCCAUCCACUUACGUUGGCAGGGUACUGCUAUAGAUUAAUGUAAGUACUCCAAGACGCAUGCGGAGAGCUGAGGAUAGCCCACUGAGUUGAAUCAAGGGCUUUACAACAGGUAAAAAGGAGUCGUCUGCCGACUUUCACAAGUGACUACCAGGUAUAGGGAGUACUCAGAUUGCAAGAAAAACCGCAGGUACUGCUUGUGCCCAUGGAAGUGGUGGUGAUAAACAAGGUGCAGGAAAGAUGAUUGCAGCCUUCAUCUUUGACAUUCAGUUGACUACCCGAGUAGUCUAACCAUAAUACCUAAAUGUACACCUGUCACACAAUUGACCUUUUUCUGACCAUAAUACUAAGCUAUGCACCUGCUACAUAGUUGGUAUUAACAGGGACGUCUCACUGAAUUUGAAAUCUAACACACCAUUCGUGACACAUACUGCUGUUGUUACCUAAAGUGCAACCUAUACGGAGCUGACGAUUAAACUAUGGUUCCUAUAGCUAUUAUCUAAUUAUUUCUAAGCUAUAGAAUUUGCAGUUUGCUCAUCAGCAGGACGUCCCUUGCUGCCGAUGGUUCGGAAGAUGUAGACGGAUCCCAGUUCAGGUAGAACUCCAUACCAUUGCUUUGCAGCAGCCAUUAGAUAGAUGGCAUCAGAAGGAGGAGGGGGACCCGAGACUCCUGCAGCCUGACUCCCAACAGCAAGCUUUUCCAUGUGAAAACGCUGAUCCGUGUACCAAGGACUGGGGUCCGAGUUUAGGGAAAAGGGUUAUUGUAACUUGAGAACUGGGAAGCGUACGACUGUAAAAUGUGCCAUGAGCAGCAACACUUCUGUCUGGACGCAGUUUGCAAUGUAGAACUUGGGCAAGUGCAACACAAACCUGCUCAAAAAACAUCACCGGAGUCCUAAACGAGGAGACCUAGUAUCAACUUCUGCUUCUAGGAUUUUAGAAUGAAGAGAAAUUCCUGGUUAUCUUUUUGGAGUAUGUUUUUGGAAUAUUUGGGAGGAGGACUUACUUUAUGCAUCUUUUGGAUCCAGUACUCUUAUGGAAUGCAUGUAAUAAGAAUUGGUGGAAUCUUUGAAACUUUAGAAGAAUCUGGUGUCAAACAUGGGAAUGCAGAAGAAGAGGCCUUCAAAUUUGCUGUCAGUACUAUCAACAGGAACAGAACGUUGUUACCUAACACUACGUUAACCUAUGACAUUCAGAGAAUAAACAUACACGACAGCUUUGAAGCUUCAAGAAAAGCUUGUGACCAGCUUGCACUGGGUGUUGUUGCAAUAUUUGGACCAUCACACAGUUCAUCAUCCAACAUUGUUCAGUCAAUUUGUAAUGCACUUGAAGUCCCCCAUGUCCAAGUCCGAUGGAAACAUCAUCCUAUGGACAACAAAGACUCCUACUAUGCCAGCUUCUACCCAGACUACUCCUCACUAAGCCAUGCCAUCUUAGAUCUUGUUCACUUUUUAAAAUGGAAGACAGCCACUGUUGUUUACGAUGACAAUACAGGUCUUAUACGACUACAGGAGCUUAUAAUGGCACCUUCCAGGUAUAGUAUUAGGCUGAAGAUUCGACAGCUUCCAAUUGAUGCAGAGGAUAUCAGACCACUGUUGAAAGAAAUGAAGAGAAGUCGAGAGUUUCGAAUAAUAUUUGACUGCCCCCAUACAAUGGUAGCACAUAUUCUAAAACAGUCCAUAGCCAUGGGAAUGAUGACAGAGUAUUACCACUUUAUUUUUACAACACUGGACCUUUAUGCACUUGACUUAGAACCAUACCGUUAUUCCGGUAUUAACAUAACUGGAUUCAGAAUUCUGAAUAUUGAAAACCCCCAAGUGUCUUCAAUCACUGAAAAAUGGGCGAUAGAGCGUCUCAAAUCAACACCAAAGUCUGUUUCAGGAUUACUGGAUGGAAUUAUGACGACAGAUGCUGCUCUGAUGUAUGAUGCAGUCCACAUUGUGUCCGUAUCUUAUCAGAGAGCACCACAGAUGACUGUGAAUGCCUUACAGUGUCAUCGGCACAAACCCUGGAGAUUUGGUGGUCGCUUCAUGAAUUUCAUAAAAGAGGCCCAAUGGGAUGGAUUAACAGGCCGUAUCGUAUUUAACAAAACUAGUGGACUGCGGACAGAUUUUGAUUUGGAUAUCAUCAGCCUCAAAGAAGAUGGACUUCAAAAGGUGGGAACAUGGAAUCCAGCUGACGGCUUGAACAUCACUGAGAUCCCACGAGGAAGGGGAAUGAAUGUCACUGACUCAUUAUCAAACCGAUCACUUAUUGUCACUACAAUCCUGGAAGAACCAUAUGUGAUGUUUAAGAAAUCAGAUAAAGCUCUUUAUGGUAAUGACCGAUUUGAGGGGUACUGCAUUGACCUUCUCAAGGAGCUGGCAAGUAUCUUGGGAUUUACAUACGAGAUUCGACUUGUGGAAGAUGGAAAAUAUGGAGCUCAGGAUGACAAGGGACAAUGGAAUGGCAUGGUUAAAGAACUUAUAGAACAUAAAGCUGAUCUAGCUGUUGCUCCACUGACCAUCACCUAUGUCCGUGAGAAGGUCAUCGACUUUUCCAAACCAUUUAUGACUAUGGGUAUCAGCAUUCUAUACAGAAAACCUAAUGGAACAAACAACGGUGUAUUUUCAUUCCUGAAUCCUUUGUCUCCUGAUAUCUGGAUGUACAUUCUUCUGGCAUAUGUUGGAGUCAGCUGUGUACUUUUUGUAAUUGCAAGGUUCAGUCCUUAUGAAUGGUACGAUGCACAUCCUUGUAAUCCUGGCUCAGAUAUAGUUGAAAACAACUUCACACUGCUAAACAGCUUUUGGUUUGGAGUGGGAUCCCUUAUGCAACAAGGAUCCGAGCUCAUGCCUCGGGCUUUGUCUACACGAAUUAUUGGGGGCAUAUGGUGGUUCUUUACCCUCAUUAUUAUUUCUUCAUACACCGCAAACCUCGCUGCAUUCCUCACGGUGGAGAGAAUGGAAACAGCGAUUGACUCACCUGACGACUUGGCCAAGCAAACAAAAAUAGAAUACGGGGCUGUAAAGGAUGGUGCCACAAUGACAUACUUCAAGAAAUCAAAGAUUUCAACAUUUGAGAAGAUGUGGGCUUUUAUGAGCAGCAGACCUUCAGCGCUUGUUAAAAACAAUGAGGAGGGAAUACAGAGAGUCCUGUCAGCUGAUUAUGCUUUAUUAAUGGAGUCAACAACUGUGGAAUACAUCACGCAAAGGAACUGCAACUUGACACAGAUUGGAGGUGUUAUAGAUUCUAAAGCAUAUGGAAUCGGGACACCAAUUGGUUCUCCUUACAGAGAUAGGAUUACAUUUGCAAUCCUUCAGCUACAAGAGGAGGGAAAGUUGCAAAUCCUGAAAUACAAAUGGUGGCAAGGGAGUGGCUGCACAGACGAAGAAAAGAAAGAUGCAACUGCACUUGGCAUACAGAAUAUUGGUGGUGUCUUUGUCGUAUUAGCAGGAGGACUCGUUUUGUCUGUUUUUGUAGCAGUUGCAGAAUUUAUCUACAAGUUACGUAAAACUGCAGAAAGAGAACAGAGGUCGUUCUGCAGCGCUAUGGCUAAUGAAAUACGUAUGUCACUCACUUGCAAACGAAGAGUCAAACACAAGCCUCAGCCACCUGUCAUGGUAAAGACAGAUGCAGUGAUCAAUAUGCAUACAUUUAAUGACAGAAGGUUACCAGGAAAGGACAACAUGACUUGUAAUACUGGUCUAACACCUGUAUUUCCGUAAAACUCAAAUGACUUGUAUUAAGGACAUUAUGGGCACACUGAGACAAGGAUGAAGAAAUCGUCUUGGAUUUGUGGAAGAUAUAUGGCCUUUAACACAAUACACACAAAUUGAUAGAAGAUUGUACAGCAUGGACCAAUAACUGGAAACCUAGACUCAUGUUUAGUGGGCAUUUUGAUGUCCAGAAACACUACAUAAAGAGUCUGAUGUUUACGUAAAAAAUAAAAGUGAAUCUAAAUGUUAACAACAAGUCCUAGGUCUCAUUUUGAACUGAACCGUGAACCUAGGUGUUUUGAGCAUGGCAAUAAAAGAAAACAUUUCUCUAAUGCAGGAACUAAUGGUGGUAAAGGUGAACAGCAAUUCUGAAUUGUAAAACAGCACAUUUAUUAUGUGUGAAAUUUUGUCAGAAUGUUGAAGCUGCACACCCCUCUUUCCAGCAGCUUACUUGUAUCUUUACCUCAGUGCUGUGCAGAAGUCUUGAUAUAAAUAGAAAAGUCAACUUGAUUUUGGAAGACAAAAUGAAAAGGGAAGAUCUGUCUGAAUCAGACAGUUGGUCAUGAAGGGUUGUGUGAUCUUUAACAUGGCUGUGAUUAAGAUAACAUAAAUAUCUGUAUCUGUAUACAAAAUGAUUAACUUGGUUACCAUCUUGAAUGUAAAAAAUGUAAAAUUAAAUACACAAGAGGUGAAUGUUUACAGUAAAAAAACGAAGGAGUUAUUAAGACAGCCUGUAAAGGUCAAAUACCUUUCUUUUACUGUGGAGAGCACAGAUCACGUAUGGCCAUAGACUUUUAAGAAAAAAAGGAAUUGAAAUAUCUAUUUAUAUGACAUUCAUGUUCUUUACCCUUACAGCAUCUUUACAAAAGAUAAAUAAAGUCACAUUUUCAUA